AUGCCUACCAGACUGGUCUCGGCAGAGCAACCCGAAAACAGAGCAGCCCGAUCACGAAAUCCACCAGUCAGGAAAUCACGCUUCACUACCUUGCCCGCCGAGGUCGACUCAGCGCUAGCAGUCGUCUACCGUGAGCUCGAAAGCGUGCCCAUUCUACAGACCAAGGUUUCUGAGCUAGAGGCCGACACGAAGCGGUUGCAGCAGGUAAUCAGCAUGCAGCGGAAUGAGAUGACUAUGAUGCAGACGGCAGUGAAUAAGACCGGAAGCCUGCAGGCUGAGCUACAGAAACUGAGGGCAGAGGCUGCAGAGAGGGACGCGGAGCAGAGUGAGAAGGGGGAACUGGAGCGCAAGAAUCGGGAACUUGAGGCAGAACUAGGGAAAGCCAAGGAUGAGCUGGAGGAUCGGAAUAGAACGUUGCAGGAGUGGAAGCGGAAGCUGUCUAGCUUGAUAGGAGAGUAG